AGCCAGCCAGGCGGCGCUAUACGAUCUUUGGUAGGAGGACUGGGACCAGACCUAGCCUUAUUAUUUUAUUUCAUUUAAUCACAACAUUUUUGCAAUAUGUCGGUAAAUUAUGCUGAUGGACUGUCACCUUAUGAUAAUAAAGGAAAAUGUGGCAUGCCAGAGGUUUUUGAUAACCUUAAAAAAUUAGAGCACAGUGUAAAGCAACUGGCAGAUUGGAUUUCCAGUAGUCAGCAUGUUGUGGUCCACACAGGAGCAGGUAUCAGCACAGCUGCUGGAAUUCCUGACUUCAGGGGGCCAAGGGGUGUUUGGACUUUGGAGAAACAGGGUAAGAAACCUGAGACCAAUACUACAUUUGAUGGCGCAAGGCCAACACUGACACAUCUGGCACUGUUGGGACUAGAGAGAGCAGGAGUUGUGAAGUAUGUUGUCAGUCAGAAUGUAGAUGGCUUACACUUAAGGUCUGGCUUCCCAAGGGAUAAAUUAUCUGAGCUCCAUGGCAAUAUGUAUGUUGAAGAAUGUGACAAUUGUGGAAAGCAGUAUAUUAGAACAACAGCAGUACCAACAUUAGGGCUGAAACCCACAGGGAACCAGUGUACACAAAAUAAGCCAAGAGGACGGUGUAGAGGAAAACUAAGGGACACCAUCCUAGACUGGGAAGAUGCUUUGCCUGUUAGAGACCUUGAACUUUCCGAACAACAUUCCAGGAAAGCUGAUUUAUCUUUGUGUCUUGGAACAUCCCUUCAAAUAGUACCCAGUGGAAAUUUACCCCUACUUACAAAGAAGAAGGGGGGAAAGUUAGUGAUCGUCAAUCUGCAAGCUACUAAACAUGAUAAGAAAGCUGACCUCAAGAUCAAUUAUUAUGUUGAUGAUAUCAUGUCCCGUUUAAUGGAUCAUCUAAAAAUACCCAUACCAGCUUACAGUGAACCAUGGUCAACUAUUACUCAAGCAAAAACUGACAGUAAAACAAUUGUACCAUCAACCAUUAAAGGAGAAUAUGACUCUGAAACAAUCAAAGAGGAAAUUUGUUUUAACUCUGUCAUAGCAGAAAAUAAUUCCUUUCAUGAACUGAAAGAGCAUGAACAUCAUGAUGAGAAUAAUGAAACAAUCACAGAAUUUGUAUGCACAGGUACCAAAAGAGAACAUACGAGUAGCCAGGAAUUUAAUAUAAAAUUAGAUUGCACUGACAGAGGUCCAACCAUCUGUAAAUUAGUCAAACAACAGAGAAAUUUGAACCCAUAGUUUUACAAUAUUUUCUGUUUUUAGUUAAGAUAUACCAUAUUUAUUCAACUACUGUAAACAGUCCCCGACCCCCCGAAAAGAGCCUCAUUUGGAAUAAACAUCUCCCUCAUAUAAACGUCUCCUUAAAUUACUAUAAACAAAAGUAAUGGAAGGAACAUCAAUCUCAACACAUUCUAUUAAUAUUCUGCUCUAGUAGAAUUACAAGUCUUCAUGAUCACACAAUAACACAUUUUAAUGGUAAUUAAGUGUUGUACUGUAGUUCCAAAUUUACAGUUAAAUUAAAGGGCGUUUAUUUGAGUAUAUACUUAUCCAUUUAAGCCAAAAAAAUAAAUAAAAACCUCCCUCAAAUAACAGUCUCUCGAAUAAAUUCCCCUCAGAAAACCCCUCUGAACAGUAUAUGCCCCAGGGUGUUUAUUCAAAUAAAUAUGAUAAAUACAUUUCAAAGGUGGUGCUGGUUAUAAUUUUAUAUUGUUGUUGCCCAAGAACAAUAAUUAUUCGGAAUCAGGACUGGAUUUUACUAUAGGCUUAGGCCUAAUACAAGGGCUCAUGGAUAACCAUCACUCUUCCCAUGAAAUUUGGUGGGUGAAGUGGUAAUCACUGGGCUAAAAACACAUGGUACAGGUAUCAUAUUAAUUAUUUCUGGCUUUUUUCUAAAACAAAGAUUUUGGCUUGGUCUAGCUUGGGCAACAAAACAAUUUUUUGCCUUAUAUUUUAUUUUUCGAAAUAUAUUAUUAUUGGUAUUGUUAUUAUUAUUAUUGUUAUUAUUAUUAUUAUUAUUGUUA